UCAUCGCUGCGUGACUGUCAGGGUGUCACGGAAGAGGACGGUCGAGAUUAUGCAACAGAUGCGUGUAACGCAACGAAAAGCUAUCGUCGGCGGUUUUCGGGGACACCCUGUACAGCGGCGUACACGUCAAUACCGUAAUACGUUACGAGCGAGUACACGCCGGCGAGUACAAAUAACACGCAACGCCCGUCCGGAGCGUGCAACCGAGAAGACCGGCCUCUCACCUCUUCCUCGCCGCGAUCGGCGCGCACCUGUCCGUAUCCGUAUAUCCGCGUCCGUGUGUUGUGAGCUUUUUCGCGCAACGCGGAGGCACUUGUUCAGCGAGAGCAGCACAGCGACGAAGAGAGGCGGCAGGCAGCAAUCGGCCGCGACGCGAUCAUCGUCGCAACUGGCUGCCGCCGGGAUCUAAAUACCCCUUUCUUUCCGCUCUCGUCCGCCCCGUUAUCGUUUACCCGUUAUCGCCUCGCUCGAUCCUUAUCGCGAUUUACAGGCGCGGAUGGGAAUCCACGCGGACCGCCAGCGGGAUUGGAAAUCAUCCCGUGAAACUUGGGAUCAAAAUUAGGUCUUGGAUCGCUCGGCUUUUUCUCCGAUGAGAAUUUGAAAAGAGAUUUUGACCUCUUGUUUACAGUUUGACAGUCCAAAAAUGAAGCAGGCGAUUUAAAAGGAUAUUUAUUUAAUUGAGAAAUUAAAAAUGUAAAUUAUAAUCUUUCUUUUCCGCUAAAAAAAAA